CACUACCUGUAAAUUUUGAAAACUACGAAUUCUCAAAAUGAUGAUGAAGCUAGUGUUGAGCAGUCUUACAGCAAGCCUAAUAUGGCUUUUCCUCACAGCCACACCGGCCACGGCCCAGACUCCCAUCCUCGACACCAACGGCCAGCCACUCCGCCGUGGCGUGGAGUACCAUAUCAAGCCAGCCACCACCGACAACGGCGGCGCUUUCACGCUGGUCGACCGCAACGGCUCCUGUCCGUGGUACGCAGGACAAGAGAACGCCACGUCAUCUAGCGGGAUCCCAGUGACGUUUUCGCCGUUUUUGAAGGCCGAAAACGUGGUGAUGGAGUCGAUGAGCUUCGAGGUUGCGUUCGCAAUAAGGCCGGGAGCGACGACGUGUCCGGAUACGAAGACGAACUGGAAGGUGUCGACGAUGGAUACUCAUACUAGUGGUGCCCAAGCCCGGUUGAUCGAAACGGGAGGAAACGGCACCGUUUUGCACUACUUCCAGGUUUACUUGGGAUCGGAAGUAGAGAAAAAUGGUUCGUAUGGACUGAGGUGGUGCCCGGCUGAGGUGUGCCCUUACUGUAGAAUCGAUUGUGGGUUUGUUGAUGUUUUGGUUGAGAAUGGGAAGAGGUUGUUGGCUUUGAAUGAAACUUCUGCAUUUCCUGUUGUGUUCGAGAGAGCUUAACCAUCAUUAUCAUUAAUAUUAUUAUUAUUAUUAUUAUUAUAUAUAACACAGGAAAAUAGAUAAUUAUUAUCUUAUAUGCAUGGUGAAAAUAAAAUAAAAGCUAUAUAUAAAGCUCUCGAUCAACCAUAUAUCAUAUAUGUACGUAGUGAUUUGUUUAAUUAUUCAAUAAUAAUAAUAUAAGUAAUAGCUUAUUCUUUAA